CCCAUCAUACUUCCGGUGUUUUCCCAUCGCUCUUGGCUGCCGUCAGCUCCUCUAAUGAGACUUUGUUCAUUUGCCGCCUCACAGCGACUAACAAGCGAGGACAUCGUUGUUUGCGAUUGUCAGGGCAGGCUGGGAUGCAGCAGCUCUGCAGCCUCCGCAGGCUCACUUCAUCCCAGCAGCACAAGCCCAAAGGACGAGGACGAGCGUCAGUCUGGUUGUGGAGCUGCUGCCGGACCUGAUAGGAGGCCUCGCCCGGGCAGAAGGACAUCAACAAAGGUGCAGAUAGGCUCUACUCAAAGCUGACAUCAUGGCCAUCAUCCUGUGAGGCGCUCUAGACUCGGACCCAGAGGACACAACAAUGACGGAGCGUGAGGAGACCGAGUUGUCCGUGUCCCUUCACAAGGAGGACGGCAUGUCCAGCGAGACGGAGGAGCCAGGUACGAACGUCACAUGUCAAAGUGUUCCCGUGUUAAACCCAGCGCCGCCUCCAGGGGAAACCUUACUGUCUCCUUCGGUGUCCGUCAUGGCAGAGGAGAGCUCAGAGUUCAUCCAGCCGCCCGCCAACGUGGACGCCGUCGACUGCGCGUCCCGGUCCAAGUACUUGCCCAAGGCGGGCAAGUCGGCGCUCAACCGGCCCGGUUCGUACACCGAGACAUCGGCGGUGCGGCGUAACAAGAAGGUGGCGAGGAGAAAGCCUGUGGGCUACUUGUCCUCCAGGCUGGCUCAGCUCGGCGUGCCUAGCAGGAAGUACCUGGCGCUCAUCCUGCAGGACUCGCGCUGCUUCCUGUUCUGCAUGUGCUACUUGACUUUCAUCCAGUCCCUCAUGGUGUCCGGCUACCUCAGCAGUGUCAUCACCACCAUCGAGAAGCGCUAUAGCCUCAGGAGCUCAGAGUCAGGCCUCCUGGUCAGCUGCUUUGACAUCGGCAGCCUUCUGGUGGUCGUCUUCAUCAGCUACUUUGGCGGGCGGGGCCAGAGGCCACGCUGGCUGGCGGUGGGUGGGGUCUUCAUUGCUGUGGGCGCCGCCCUCUUCUCCUUACCGCACUUCAUCUCCCAGCCCUACCAGAUCCAGGAAGUCAACUCAUCCUUGGCCAAUGAGGGUCUGUGCAUGAACAGCAACGCCAGUGGCAGGGACCGAGUGGACAUCACUUCCUGUCCCAGGGACCAGGAGGGCAAUGAACACAACCUCUAUGUGGCGCUCUUCAUCAUCGCGCAGAUUCUGGUUGGCAUGGGCUCCACGCCCAUCUACACCCUGGGCCCCACCUACCUGGACGACAACGUCAAGAAAGAGAACGCCUCGCUCUAUCUAGCCAUCAUGUACGUGAUGGGAGCGCUGGGCCCGGCUGCCGGCUACCUGUUGGGUGGCGUCCUCAUCGGCUUCUACGUGGACCCCAAGACUGCGGUCAACAUUGACCAGAGCGACCCCCGCUUCAUCGGAAACUGGUGGAGCGGUUUCCUGCUGUGCGCCGUGGCCAUGCUGCUGGUCAUCUUCCCCAUGUUCACCUUCCCUAAGAAGCUGCCACCCCGACACAAGAAGAAGAAGAGGAGGAAAAAGCUGAGUUUGGACGAGCUGUCCAGCGAUGACGACGUCCUGAAGGAGAAGAGCAACAACGGCAAGAGCCAAGGGGUCACCUCGUCCAUGGGCUUUGGGAGGGACAUCAAAGACCUUCCCAAGGCGGCCGUGAGGAUCCUGAGCAACGUCACCUUCUUGUUUGUCAGUCUGUCCUACACGGCCGAGAGUGCCAUUGUCACCGCCUUCAUCACCUUCAUCCCCAAGUUCAUCGAGUCGCAAUUCGGCAUCCCCGCCUCCAGCGCCAGCAUCUACACAGGCCUGAUCAUCGUGCCAAGCGCGGGCGUGGGCAUCGUGCUGGGCGGCUACAUCAUCAAAAAGCUAAAACUGGGCGCCCGCGAGUCAGCCAAGCUCGCCAUGAUCUGUAGCGGCGUGUCUCUGCUCUGCUUCUCCACGCUCUUCAUCGUGGGCUGCGACAGCAUCAACCUCGGUGGGAUCAACAUACCAUACACCACAGGGCCGACGCUGACCAUGACACAGAGGAACCUGACGGGAGGUUGCAACGUCAACUGCGGCUGCAGAAUCCACGAGUACGCUCCGGUCUGCGGCUCCGAUGGCAUCACAUACUUCAACCCCUGCCUGGCCGGCUGCGGCAGCGUUUCUAACGACAGCAGCGGUGUUCGUAACUACUCAGACUGCGCCUGCGUCCAGAGCCGCCAGGUCAUCACGCCGUCGUCCAGCGGGCCGGGCGGCAACCAGCUGCAAUUGGUCAUCGUCAAGACAUACCUCAACGAGAACGGAUACGCCGUGUCUGGGAAGUGCGACCGCACCUGCAGCACCCUCAUUCCCUUCCUAAUCUUCCUCUUCAUCGUCACGCUCAUCACCGCCUGCGCUCAGCCCUCCGCCAUCAUCGUCACCCUCAGGUCGGUCGCUGAGCAAGAAAGACCGUUUGCUUUGGGGAUGCAGUUUGUCCUCCUCAGGACUCUUGCCUACAUCCCGACUCCCAUUUACUUUGGCGCCGUGAUCGACACCACGUGCAUGUUGUGGCAGCAGGACUGCGGCGUGCACGGCUCGUGUUGGGAGUAUGACGUGACGUCGUUGCGCUUCGUGUACUUCGGCCUGGCCGCCAGCCUCAAGUUCCUGGGCUUCCUCUUCAUCUUCCUGACGUGGUACUCCAUCAAGUAUAGGGAGGAGCGCGUGGAGCGCUGGCUGAAGCACCACCUGUCGCCCGUUGACACGGUGGGCAGUCUUGUGUGUCACCCGGGGGGCCACAAGGGCCAUGCCCGCACACGCUCCUGCCCCGUCAACAUACCCAGGAGCGACCACGCCGUUCACCCUGCUGGCAUGCCGCCACGCGCCGGAGUCCUCAACCGUGGUGUCAGCACUCAGAGUUGCCCAGGCAAUGAGUUGAAAGCAAUAACCCCGCCCCCUCCCGCCGUUGUACCUCCACCUGCGCCGGCCCGCUCUUUGGAGCACGUCUCAGUCCGGGUCUGACUUUCACUUUUAAGAGGCGGACCAGAAGCCAAUCAGCUCCGGACCUAAGGGGCAGUGGGCGGUGCCAACGAUGGCGAGGGAGCCUCGUCCUGAUGGAUCUCUGCUUAUUGAGCCGCCAUGGCGUCCAUUGCUCUUGAUGCUCCGCCCCCUUCAACUGGGCUCCAUGUGCCUUGUGUCACCUCACAGCGCUCGCACUCCCUCUGGUGGACUGUGGCCCCGCCUACACAUACCUCAAUUCAAACUGCCCCCACCCCCUUUCCCUGCUGCAUUUGGUUCUGUCACCUUGAAGACUGGCGAGGACUUGACAGCCAUUUUGAAGAUUCUUGACUGACUGGCUAUGAAGCUCCAUCCCCACCGUCCCUGCCUGACACAAUGACAUAAUGGCACAAUGAAGGCAGGAAGUGUGUUACACACACACGUGAGGAGAUUAAUGGUUGAACCUGGAAAAAAAGUGAAUGUUUUAGUAUUCCUGUCCAUCCUCUUUUUGAUUCACUUCCUGUCGUCUUCACGGGCACAUACACGCACGGUUUACUAACUCGCUGGCGUUCGUCAAAUCUGGGCGUCACAAGCCGCAGGAUCACUAAAGUAGGCGCUGUCACACUCUGGCUAGCUGGUCUUUAUUAAAAACACAUCCUCUGCUGAUUGGUUGAGCUGCCUUGACGUCACAUUAUGCAGCAUUCAGUCAGUCUUGCCCAUGUGGCGACACCUGCUGGUAACACGUACAACUGCAACUAAAAAACAUGCUGUGUCUCAAAUGGAAUACUUGUGUCAGUACACUUCAGUAAGUAUGCUGUGUAUACUGCGUGCUUAGUUUCUGAUUGUGUGAAUUUUGACAGUGUACAAUAGUACUGUCACAAAUCCAUUACUGUUAUUGUAGCGGUAUUGACGAUAAUAAUAGUUACCUUCUCUUCUUUUUAUGGUGAAUUGCAACCACUGAAGUUAGUCCACCCCCCUUCCACUACCUUACCAAGAUGGCGUCUAUUGAGGGUGCUGCCCCCCUUCCACUACCUUACCAAGAUGGCGUCUAUUGAGGGUGCUGAGUGUCCAACGCUGAACACUCACUAUCUUGACGACAAAAUCCGGGUACUGACAGUGACAUGCACUCAAGAAAUUGUAAUGUAUGUAAGUACAUACUUAUGCACUCAAGUGACUUAGUGUAAGUACACACUUGGCACUCAAGUGACUUUGUGUAAGUACACAUUUGGCACUCAAGUGACUUUGUGUAAGUACACAUUUGGCACUCAAGUGACUUUGAGUAAGUACUUUCUUAUGCACUCAAGUGGCUUAGUGUAAGUACACACUUGGCACUCAAGUGACUUAGUGUAAGUACACACUUGGCACUCAAGUGACAGUGUAAGUACACACUUGGCACUCAAGUGACUUAGUGUAAGUACACACUUGGCACUCAAGUGACUUAGUGUAAGUACAUACUUAUGCACUAAAGUGACUUAGUGUAAGUACACACUUGGCAGUCAAGUGACUUAGUGUAAGUACACACUUGGCACUCAAGUGACUUAGUGUAAGUACAUACUUAUGCACUCAAGUGGCUUAGUGUAAGUACACACUUGGCACUCAAUUGACUUAGUGUAAGUACACACUUGGCACUCAAGUGACUUGGUGUAAGUACAUACUUAUGCACUCAAGUGACUUAGUGUAAGUACACACUUGACACUCAAGUGACUUAGUGUAAGUACACACUUGGCACUCAAGUGACUUAGUGUAAGUACACACUUGGCACUCAAGUGACUAAGUACAUAUGUAUACACUCAAAAGACUAUGUUAAGGACACAAUUAUGUACUUAAAAGACUAAGUUCAAGUACACACUUAGGCACCCAAAACAGUGAAUGUACAGUCAAAGACUAAGUGUACAAUAAGUUAUACAGUCAAAGGACUACGUGUAAAGUUAAAGUACCAAUGAUUGUCACACACACACUAGGUGUGGCGAGAUUAUUCUCUGCAUUUGACCCAUCACCCUUGAUCACCCCCUGGGAGGUGAGGGGAGCAGUGGGCAGCAGCGGUGGCCGCGCCCGGGAAUCAUUUUGGUGAUUUAACCCCCAAUUCCAACCCUUGAUGCUGAGUGCCAAGCAGGGAGGUAAUGGGUCCCAUUUUUUUUAUAGUCUUUGGUAUGACUCGGUAAGUGCACACUUGUGUACACAAUAGGUUUAAGUUAACACGUAUGCACUCAAAAGACUAAAUCUAAGUUGACUAGGUGAAAAUAUGCACUUGUGCACUGAAAUUACUUAAGUGUAACUAAGUACACACUGGUGUACACACACAUAUGCACCCAAAAGAGUUGGGUUUAAGUAGACCAUUGUGUGCUCAAGACUCAGUGUACAGUAAGUGCACACUUAUGCACUCAAAGUACUAAUUGUAAGUACACUUAUGUACUCAUAAGACUAGGUUUAAGUACACACUUGUGUACUUAAGACUCAGUGUACUGUAGGUACACACUUAUGCAGUCAAUGGACUUAAGUGUAAGUACUCACUUGUGCACUCAAAAGGCCUAAGUGUAAGUAUGCACUUAAAAGCAAAGUGAAAGUACAAACUUAUGCACUCAAGAAGCUGAGUAAAAAUACACGUAUGCACUCAAAAGUCUAAAUGAAAGUACACACUCAUGCACUCAAGAAGCAAAGUGAAAGUACACACUUAUGCAUUCGAAAGACGAAGUGUAAGUACACAAGUGCACCAGUUGAGACACAGCCUGAGACUUUGUGUCAAGUCACGAAUGAUUCGAUGAGAGCAUUUCCGUGUAAAAGUAAGACAGACAUCAUUCCUAGUUUCCCGCCAAAGUGAGUCAUGUGACCAUCAGGCUGACGAACAUACGGCGCUAGAAGCAAUUUAGAAUCAAAAUUUUUAUUCUUAUCAGUAUUGUUUCUUUUACAAGAUCAUGUCUUCUUGGUCUGUCAGUAAAAUGUGAACAAAGAAUAAAAGUGUUUGUGUCUAUA